UAUCUUGCUCGGAAGUCAACUGUUCGGCUGCGUUGUGGUAGAAUUUCGUGUAAUUUUCCUUUUUUUUGUUGUUAUUUAAGCAAUUCCUAGAAGCUGCUAAAGCAGGUUAGAGAAGUAUAAUCUUCGUAUGCAUAAGCUUUUUUGUCUGUGAUUGGUGAUUUAUCGGUCGGGUAGUUUGCAGUUGGUUGGACUGUUAAGCAGAAUGCCACCAUCCCGUGCUUCAGCUAUCCAGGAGCAAUCGAUCUCUUCCACAGGAUCCCCGCCUGGAUCUUCGUCGAGCUCUGGACGACAGACAGCCAGUUGUUCUCACACACAGAACGGGGCAUCUUCUCAUGUUGCAGACAAAAUGAAAGCUCCAUCCUCACCAGGCCGUCCUGUAGUGCGGAAGACCGCUGCCAUCCCAUCGGAACCAGUCAAGCGUCCGCAUGCAGAGGGUGAUGAUAAUGCAGCGGCCUUGAGUAGGAAGUCGAUGAAAGGGGCGAUUCCAAAAGACGGUCCGUCAACAUCGAAUGUUAACGGAACAUCUGCCCCCAUCGCAUCUCCUUCGAAGAGCCUUUUUCGUCUACCGGCCGACCAGCCUGCUGCGCAGGUGAUCAGUGCCAGCGACGUAUCCGCUACACAGGAAUGCGGCCGAAUUAUCCAUGCUGAUCUCACGAAGUAUCCAACCUACGAGCGAGCUGCCCAUCAUGCUCAUGAAUGCUCUUCCGCGUGUUUAUUCAAAGAGUCACACCGCGGCCUGAUGGAAUAUGCCAAAGUUGUCCAUUCACCGCUGGUUAUCCCGUUGCUGUUUGGCUGGACCAGAACCACGAUUAAAGCCCGCCGAUCUAAAAAUGAUAUCCGUGAAGAUCGGAUUAAUUACAAGAUGGUGUAUUACAGUCCCUGUGGUGUGCUGAUUCGUAGUGAAGCCAAGCUGAGCGAUUAUCUGGUCACUGUCAAGUCCAUUCUAUCCAUGACGCUUUUUUCCUUUCGUUCCGAUGUGGAUAUCACGCGGAAGUUUGUGGUUACUAAAAGCAUGGUUAAAAAGUACCGAGAAGACAUCGCGGAUAAACAGCUUCUGCCAGCCAAAAUCCCGUUGAUUAACUGUUUUUCUGAUAAACUCCCGGACACAUUUAAUUAUAGUAAAAAGUGUGUCAAAUCCGAAGCGGUGGUUAAGCUGAUGGAGCGAUUGAGCAUCACCGAGCGUUCGCAGGGAUGUGAUUGUCAGGGCGUGUGCGGUCCGGGAUGCUUUUGCAUAUCUUUGGUGGAAGACGACUACGGUUAUAAGUCUUCGCGGCUGCCUGAACGAUCUCUUUAUAUUGUGGAGUGCAAUGAUCACUGCAAAUGCGGACCUAAUUGCGGCAACCGUGUGACGACAAGCACUGUACAGUUUCCCGUGCUGCUGUAUUAUUAUCCGACUAAAGGCUGGGGCGUCCGAGCGCUGUGUGACAUUCCUAUCGGAACAUUCAUGGGAUUUUACCUUGGAAAGAUCAUCACUGACCAAGAAAUCUCGGAGAACAACGACAAAUACCUGGUGGCUCUGGACUAUGAGAAGACCGUCGACCGCUCUCAUGUCACUAAUCCAGAUGGAUCCAUCAGUACCACCGCGGCCGCACCCAUUGCUGACGAAGAGAAUAUGUGCAACAUUGAUGGGCGGCAGUUUGGAAAUGUGUCGCGUUUCUUUAAUCAUAGUUGCGACCCAAAUCUCUUUGCGCAAAAUAUCCAUCGGGAGAUGUUCAGCUCGCGCGUCUAUCACAUUGGGUUUUUUACCAAGAAAGAUGUGAAGGCUGGGGAUGAGUUGUGCUGGGAUUAUGCCUACACGCCGCACAGUAUUGAUGGUCGGCAGAUUAAGUGCAUGUGUGGAGCAGCCAACUGCCGCAAAUUUAUGCUUUGAGACUGGACGGCGGUUGCGGAUUAGGGCUUAUGAUCGGUUAUGCCCGUGUAUAACUGGCUUUUUUAUUACCACGUAUAAUUGUUCUGCAUGCUGUAGGAAUCACUUUUGCCUCUUUUAUGCUGGUUUUCUUCGUUUUUCCCCCAUUUGGGGAUUUUGUCGUACUGUUAAUUCCGUCGUUAUGGAAAGUGCUGCCACUAUAAAAUAUUUUGUUGAUUUUUUUGCGAAUGUUAUUUUGGAACUGAUACUUCAAAUAACAACCAGUUGACGGUUAUGAAUCUACCGGUAUUACUUCUUUUGUGUGGAUUUAUCGCAGUUAGUAUUUACUGAUAAAUAAUAUUGUCGUUGUCCGAAUUUCU